CACAAAAACCCGUACUCCGCUUGACGCCGUUAGAAUCAAAUGUGUUGCUGGAAAUGAUUUGUAACGAGGACGUCGUAAAUUGGUUCAGAGAUCUGAAGAGCUACAGCAGAAUAGACACCAUGUGCAUCAUGCUGAACAUGUGCCUUCCGUUCGAGCUGCGGUUCCUCGGCACCUACCUGGAGGAGCUCGGUCGGCGGGAUGCACCGGAACUGCGCGGUGCCGAGCUGAAGGUGAACAACCCGCAAGAGUUUAUCGCCGACAUUGCGUCGGGCGAACCGACCGACCAACGGAUCCGGCGUAAGAUGGCCCUAUUUCUUGCGCUGUACCGUGCCUGCAACCAUGGGUACGCCAACGAGCUGUUUAAAACGCUUGAAGGUUGGGGUGCGCGAUCGGAUCUGCAGCGACUAUUUGAGGAGGAUGAUCAGCAGGAGCUGCUGCUGGUGUACACGAUGGCAACGAACCAUCCGGUGUUUUCGUUCGAGCAACGGUUGCACUGUGGUGAGAUUUUUACCAAGCUAAAAUCGUGGGAAACAAAACCCAGUCGUGAUGAUGUGGGACUGGAGCAGCAGCAACAUCCGCAGCAGCACCUUCAGCAUCACCAACAACAGCCACCAUCGCAGCAUCAUUCGAUGGAUUCGUUGCAUAGUAACAGUCCGCAACAGUCGCCUAUUCAGCAACAGCAGCAGCAGCAGCAACUACAACACCAUCAACCGCAGCAUCUGCAAAAUUCGACGCCACCACCUGCUGUGCCACCGCCGCCCGGUACGGCAACCAUUCACGCACUGCCCCCGAAUGCGACCAUUACGAUGCAGAAUCUUACGCAAGGACCAGCAUCGCUCGGUCAACCGAUCACGCUAACUUACGCAGGAUUGCCGGGCUUGGGACAGACACUUCCUGCCGAUGCUACGCUAGCUCCUGCACAUUACCUUGAAACGUUGCAUGCGUUGCCGGUGCAGACCGACUUUACGAUUCCUCCGCCAGGACCACCAGCAGGAAACGUGGCCUCACGAUGGGUUCAAAACGUUUAUCCCCAGAUAUCCUUUCCACCGCCAUCAUCGUCUCCACAUAUGAGCAAUCCCUCGUCGCCAAUACAGAGCCGUACGACAAGUCCAACCCGCAUUCAUCCUAGCAGUGUGCAGCACCGAAUUAGCCGAAAUCAGCAGAAUGAUCAGCAGCAGCAGCAACAGCAGCAGCAACAGAACCAAUCGCAAAUGCAAAGCCUAAAACCUGUUGAUGAGGACCAGACAAUGGUGAUGCUGAGCCAGAUGCAGCUCCGAAACGGUAUGCGCCAGACACAUAACACGUUGCCCCGACAAUCCAAGCAGAACUAUGUCAGCCAGCUUCCGCCAUAUCAUCAUCAGCAGCAGCAACAUCAUUCGCAUCGAGACAGUGGGAUUUAUCACACGGCCAACUACAACCUAAAGGGCGGUUUGAUGGACAUCAUGAACCAUCAACCAAAUUCAACAGGCAGCGAUUCGGGUAGUUCAAUCGGAUCGACCGGAGAAGUUUCGCCACCGGAAACGCCCGGCGUUGCACCGGCCAGCAUGCCAACGAUUUCACACAUCCGUUCGAAUCGGUCGAACAACAGCAUGCGAAAUAUUAACGGACGCCCAGAAAAGCAAUAUCCCUCGAUGACGUAUUCACAGCUUCAGCAGCAACAUCAGCAAAAUGUUGCUGCCCAUCAGCAGCAACAGCAACAGCAACAGCAAUUUGGCGGGACUGAACUAAUGGUAACUAGCACGGGGCAGACAUUUUUAACCACUGGGACGACCAACGGUGGUGGUACGAUGAGCAGCACUGGCAACAAUGGAGGAACCGGAAGUGGCGUUGUUUCCGGUCAGGUGUUGAUCAAUCAGGCCACCACACCGCAAGGGCAGUUUGUGUACGCCGGUACGCCAGCAACCUUUCCGCAGGUAAGCGUAACGCAUCGAUCCGUCGCCAGUGCAACCCUGCCCCAUGGUACCACGUUCCGGACGGCCUACGCUCAGGCAAUUCAAUCGCAGCAGCAACCCCAACAGCAACCGACCGCCGAACCAUUACUGUAUCAGUAUCAUCCGACGGCGGUAGUGCCUGGCCAGACGGUGGUAGCAAGCGCGGCGAUACCGUACCUCCCUCCGCAGCCACCACCCUCCUCGACGGUGGCCAGUACGCAGACGAAUUUGCCUGGUGCGGUACGAUCAUCACCCUCGCCGCAGAUUGGUUUACUACAGCAGACGAAGGUACCGACGGGAAGUAGUUACGGGGUGACAACAACACUUCCGUACACAAGCAGUCCGCCAUCUUGUUACAAUUGUGGUUCGCUCAAGCAUACCGGCCUAGACUGUCCGGAAGCGUCGAUGGAGGAUAUGACGCGAACAUCCAAUUUUACGCUCGAUUACAACACGAUCAGCACGAACAGCAGUGCAACAUCACCGGGUACGGUCACACCGCUGACGAUCGCUUCGAUACCGCCGGUGGUUGGUGGAACGGGCGGUAGCAAUAACAACCAGACGUCAGGUACUCCUGCGGUAAUUGAUCUGACAAUUGUGUCAUCGAGCGAAAGUAGCAGUACUAGCAGUAGUACUAGCAGUAGUACCAGCAGCAGCAGCGGUAGCAAUGCUAAUAGUGGCAAUGGAAAUAACAAGAACAACAUUACGACCAGCCUCAGCAGUAGUAACAGCAAUAUGAUUAGUGCCAGCAGUAAUAGCAAUAAUAACAACAACAACAACCAUCAUCUUCAUCACCAGCAUCAUCUUCCGCAUCAUCAUCAUCAUCACCAACACCACCAUCACGGCAAUAGUGGUAGUGUAAGCAGUAGUAGUAGCAACAACAGCUCCAUGGACGUCCCGCUGACGAGUGGCCUGUUGCCGGUGGAUGCUGUAAGUGGUGGUGGUGGCAGCAGCAGUGGUAGUAACACUAGUUCCGGCACCAGCAGUAGUAGUAGUGCUGGUGGAAGCGGCAACAACACUGGCAGUAACAGCAGCGCUACCGGUGGCGGAGGUAGUAGUUCUAGUAGCAAUCUCGUUAGUGCUAGCGGUAAGUGAUAAUCAUUGGGGAAAGGUAGAGUAAUCCGAUCGAAUCGUCGAUCCGUGCUGG